CUGGACACUAUGGAGGUCAUUACAGAUCUGACCGUCAUCGUAGCAGAAGCUGGUUACAAAGACCCCGGAAGAUUAAGGAAGAUUCUGAAGGAUUACAAACCCCAGAAACAGGGGUCCUCUUACAAAAUAAGUGGAACAUAUGAUGACAUAACAAACCUGUACAUUCGACUCUCAGCAGCGAAGAUCAACACACCUGAGAAGAUCCAGCAGCCGGAGAAACCCUGUCCAGCUCACGUUCAGUCUGUGGAUGUACGAGGGUUUGUUAUGGCCUACAUCGAGCAAAAACGUACCGCUGCGCUGAAACAGAUUCUAGGCAACAGUUGUCGUAUUGAAACACGGCGUGACUCGAGUCCCGGUGGCGAGGUGAAGGUGACUUUCAAACCGCUCCACAGUGACGUCAGGGCCGUUCAGGUGGACUUUGUCAGACAGCGAUUCAUUACAUUCUACCAGAGAACUGCCUCAGACCUGCAGGUCAUAUCUGUUCCACAUGACCACCAAGACCUGCAGCGGAGGUUUCCAGAGCUCCUGUUUAAACCCAGCACCAACAAACAUCAACUGACAGUGACCGGGCCUUUCGUACAUGUCUCUAAAUUGAAAGACUUUAUGCAAAAUAAGUCUCAUGUACAAAAUAUGCACAAAGUGAGUCCCAUGCACAAGGCUGCAGUGAACCGUCCAACCAGGACCCUUUCAGAUCCUCUACCUACACAGAGCAAAGAUCCUGAAGACGAGUCCUGCCCGAUUUGUAUGGAAACAAUAGUCCAAAGCGCAAAAGAGACUCUACGGUGCAAACACUCCUUCUGCAAAGACUGUCUGAGAAAGGCUUUUGAGUACAAGGCUGUGUGUCCCACCUGUGGACAGAUCUACGGAACUCUGACUGGGACGCAGCCAGAGGGAGGACGAAUGGACGUCACCACAGACCCCUCAGCUCUGCCUGGAUACGAGCAGUACGGAACCAUAACCAUCCACUAUCGAAUUCCAGGUGGCAUCCAAAAGGAGGAGCAUCCUAACCCUGGUCAUCCAUAUGACGGUGUGUUGCGUACAGCCUACCUGCCAGACUGCACUGAGGGCAGAAAUAUCCUCAAACUCCUCAAACAGGCAUUCGACCAGAGGCUCAUUUUCACUGUGGGUCGGUCCAGCACCAGCGGCAGAAAUAACACCGUUACAUGGAACGAUAUUCACCACAAGACUUCAAAACACGGAGGACCGACUUGUUAUGGGUAUCCAGACCCUGAGUACCUGAGCCGAGUACGAGAGGAACUGAAAAUCAAAGGAAUUCAAUGACCCAAACGGAGGAAUGUGACACUAACACCGUAAUGUGAGAUAUGCGUGAUCAUUUUAUCCUGUUAAAAAUGACAUAAAAUGAUAUGUAUAAGCAGGAGCGCCGCUUCCAAUUGUGGACCCCAUGAAAGGUUAACAAUGUGUCUUAUAUGUGUGACAUAUGUGACAUACUGUCACUUAUGCUAGUGUGAAACGAAACUGAAACUUCCACAACGUCCGACUUCUAUACCUCUUUUAUACAGCGGAUCUUACAUGAAAUUUCCACUACUUCUAGCCUGUAUCCACUGGACCCCCUCCUCUGCUCUAUGGCCCCCCCCACAAAUGCUGGGCCCCAUGAAUUUGUCAUGUUUACCCCCCCUUAUCAGCGCCCCAGUGCAUAAGUAUAAUAAUGACACUAGUUAUAUUCACACUAGUAACAACCUUCAAACAUACAGUGAAUGUAUGUCUGUUCUCUAUAAUCACUUAUUCCAAGAGUCAUUUUCUUUGAUUAUUGUUGAAUAAUAAUCUAUGACUUUGAAAUAGAUAAUGUCCAGUAUGUCUGUGUAAAUACAACCAAUCAGUUUACUUGUGUUAACAGUGAGUAUUUUAUCGCACAGCUCUCGUUCUGAACACUGAUUAUUAUAAUCCUUCAUAAUAAUUAUCUCAUAUAAACUCAUAUGAACAGUGAUUAUUCGUUACAGACUGGUGUUGAUCUGCAGACGAUUUAGGACAAACCAUUCAUCAACAUGUUCAGUUCUGUGUAAAAGUCUUAUUUCACCUGUAGCUCUGGGGUUCAAAUGAGCAUUUGUAUUUAUUUUUCAUUCUCUUUCCUUCAGAUACAAGACAAUACAGGCACAGCCUUAGAAGACACAAAAAACACUGAACUAAAUUGGUUGUAAAAGUAUUAGUAUGACCUUUGACCCCAUGACAAAAAGCACAAACAGUAACAUUUGACAUGUUGAAUCAAGAAGGAUUUUGUAUUUUGGAGUAUUUUGGUCAUUUUGU